AUGGGAAACACUCCGUCGAAACCCCCCGGCCCCUCGCCGCAAUGGAACGACAAAAAGGUGAACCGGAGAUCAUCUAUUCAGGCACUAUCCGGGAGCAAGUCUGCAGCGGUCGACCCGUCUGCAUCCAAAGAGAGCGCCACGGGCCAAUACUCUCAGCGCCAGCACACGCCGGCUCACCAGAGGCUGCAGUCACGAACCAUUGCCGACACUCCAGCCCGUGGACAUGACAGACUGGAGCGGCGUACCUCCAAGAAGGAACGAGAUUACGAUGCUCGAAACAUCCCGAUCCACCCAAAACUGACCGAUGCCCCCGAGCCAGCAAGAGCCGUGCAGGUGCCGACCCCAGCCUCAUCGCAGCAGUAUCCAUAUGUAGGCGGCUAUGGACCGUCCAUCAACACCUACUAUGCGACGCCUUCCCAUCUUUCACGGCCGCCCCGGCUGCCUCUGCCGAUUGGCGAUGCGAUGUCGGUCCCUGGCUCGCCAAUCACAGCCAGUGGCUCGUUGGCUGCGGCCGCCGCUUUUGAUAGGGCCGAAGCUCAUCCUGACAAAUCAGCGCUGGGAGACAUUGUCGACGAUGAAGAUGAAGUGGUGGAUGAGCUGGAGCCCUUUGCGACCACUGGCCUUAAUAAGGCAGUGUCCACGCCCAUCGAGUGGAGAGGUGGCGGCGAGAAGGUUGAGAUCGAAAGCACACUGUUUUCCACCACUCUCAAGCUUCGGCCAGGGACACACCAUCUCAAGUUCAUUGUUGAUGGUGUCAUGAGGACAUCUGACAGCCUCCCCACUGCGGUUGAUUUCACCAACCACCUGGUCAACUACAUUGAAAUAAGCCCCGAUGAAAUGCCCCCUUCGCGCGGAAGCGAAAAGGCUCCAAAGAUUGUGAUCCCGCCAGGGCUUUAUCCCCCACAAGUGCUUCCUGACUCCUUACCCAUAGAAGAGCCAGAAAAAGAGGUCGACGAGGAGAUACAAAUCGGCGAUUUUCCAUCAAAAAUGGCGUGCUCGCCACGAGCGUGA